AUGUCGACCGCGGACCAACGUCGAUGGGACACGCACGUCAAAGACGUCGAGCGCAUGUUGAACACCGCUGUCAACAAGACGACAACUAAAACUCCGUACGAGGCUCUUCACGGCUAUCUGCCCCGAUACCGGCCCAGCGCGUUGUCUACGCUGAGUCGCACCCGAAACGAAAGUCAGCCACCCACGGAAGUGCAAGCAGAAAUACGCGAAAACAUAUUGCGUGGACAAGCCAAGAUGAAAGAACAGUAUGACCGGAGACACUACGAAGGCGUGCGAUACGAAGUCGGCGAAGUUGUCGUUAUGCUGAAACAACCCACGGCGGGCCAGCCGACAAAGCUACAGGCCAAGUACCGUGAGAAGCCAUUACAAAUAAUGAAGGUUCUCCCGAGCGAUACGUACCGCGUCGCGGAACUGGGUACCGACGGGCACGAGACGUUCGCGACUACCGCUCAUGUGUCACAACUCAAAUCCUGGCGGAUUCUCCGCGAAGACGACGACGAAGUACCACCAGAGGACGGAAACGCCGACGAGUCAUUGUCCGACGACGAAGUACCACCAGAGGACGGAAACGCCGACGAGUCAUUGACCGACGACGAGGUCCAAUCCGACACCACGGGCAUGGCCGCCAAGAUGCAACCAACCGUCGACGCGGAACCGGUCCAACGACAGUCCACUAGGAAGCGACAGGUACCCGCGCACCUCGGCGAAUACGAGUUAGGUCGUCCGUGA